AUGGCGCUCUCGGGGCAGCGCCACCGAUCUAAGCUUCGCGGUCCCCGGUCACGUGCUGGUGAUAAGCCGCGGGCAGCGGCCGGGCUCGCUUUAACGUCCGACAUGAGCGUAUCGGGCUCUGAAGGCAGCGAUGCGACGGCAUUCUCUCGUUCUAAGCGCUUAUUUCAUGUACUGAGGCAUGGAAGGAACCGCGACGACGAUAAUGCCGCCCCUUCAGAAGACUCGAGUAUGGUUUCGCGAAGCGAGAUUACGAGUGCGUCGCUGCGCGAAGAGCGGCAGGAGCAGAAGCUCGCGGAGCAGCGGGCGUUCCAGCGCGACCUGCUGAUGCGCCGGCGCUGCUCGGAGGAGAUUGCGCGCAUAAAGGAGACGGAGGAGCAGCGUUCCCGAUACGGCGAGCUGGGUAUGUACCACGACGAGCCGGAGGGGUGGAUGCAUUUCGACAAGUUGCUCUCAUUGAAUGCAGCCGUGCAGCGCGGCGAUGCAGCGGGCACCUCUGCGCUUGGAAAGGAAGUGCGUUUGCGGGCGCGUGUCCAUGUUAUCCGCCACAUGAGCUCGCACCUCGCGUUUGUGGUGCUCCGUGAGCACGGAUUGACGUUCCAGACGGUGCUGAGCGAGGAGGGCACCGGCAUCACAUCGCACAUGAUGAACUGGGUGCAGCGCCUGCCCACCGAGACCAUUGUGCUCGUACGCGGUCAGCUGCAGCGGCCGCACGAGGUGAUCACCGGGUGCGAUGUGACGCAUCUGGAGAUGCGCCUGACGCAUGUGCAUGUGGUGUCGAACGUGGAGAACAACUUACCGUUCACAGUGUACGCCGCUGAGCGUGCCUCGAACAACCGUCUCGAGGAGCACAGUGAUCUGGACGAGAACGAGGGCGAUCACUCAUCGGCGUACGGGGACUCGGACCACGAUCAGCACUCGAUCAAGAGCUCGGUAAACACCAAUGCGCCGAUCAUUACGCAGCGCACGCGUCUGAAGAACCGUUUGAUCGAUCUGCGCACGCCGACGAUGCAGGCGACGUUCCACAUUCAGUCGACCAUCGGCCGCGAGUUCCGCCAGUAUCUCCAAGACCGCAAGUUCACCGAGAUCCACACGCCCAAGCUGCAGGGGGGUGCGUCCGAGUCGGGUGCCAGCGUGUUCCAGGUGGGCUACUUUGGGCGCAUGGCGUUCCUGGCGCAGAGCCCGCAGCUGUACAAGCAAAUGUGCAUUGCUGCCGACAUGGGCCGCGUGUUUGAGAUUGGCCCUGUGUUCCGCGCGGAGAACUCGAAUACGGCGCGCCAUAUGACAGAGUACACGGGCCUCGACCUGGAAAUGGAGGUGAACCACUACUACGAUGCGCUUGCGAUGAUCGAUGGCAUGCUGAAGCACAUCUUUACCGUGCUGCGCACCGAGUGUGCCGAGUCGGUGCGGGCGGUGCAGCGCCACUUCCCAAGCUCGGACCUGCAGUGGCUCGAGCAGACGCUCGUCCUGCCCUUUUCCGAGGGUGUGCGUAUGCUGCGAGAGUCCGGCUACCGCGAGGAGGACGGCAGCGAGCCGAGCGAGUUUGAGGACCUGGCGACGCGCGGCGAGAUCCGCUUGGGACAGCUCGUUAAGGAAAAGUACCAUACGGACUACUACGUGCUCGACAAGUUCCCGCGCAGUGCGCGGCCGUUCUACACGAUGCCCGACCCGAAGGACGACCGCCGCACGAACUCGUUUGAUAUUUUCGUGCGUGGCCAGGAGAUUUGCACGGGUGGUCAGCGUAUUCACGACCCGCAGGUGCUGGAGGAGAACAUCAAGCGUCUCGGCAUGGAUGCAGCGAGCCUCGAGGAGUACCUAGAGGGCUUCCGUCUCGGUGCGCCGCCGCACGCGGGCUGCGGUAUCGGACUGGAGCGCCUCGUGAUGCUCUACCUGAACCUGGACGACAUCCGCCUGGCCUCGCUGUUCUACCGCGAUCCGAAGAGCUUCCCCGCGCGACACACCUUGGAGCUGCGCCACCCCGAAGCAAGCACGAACCCUCCGCCGUGGCGCCAACCCUCUGCGCAGCGUUUCCUCACGGUCGAGCCGCCGGAGAAGGAGCUGCAGCCGCUCACCAAGCUCAUUGCCAACUACGGCGACUCGACCAACACGUCGUGGCUGGAUGCGCGCAUGCAGGUGUGGCGCGACAGCGACACGGGCGCCGCCGUGGGCUACUGCCGCAUGCGGCGCUACGUCCUUGUCAUGGGGAACCCGCUGUGCGAUUCGAGUCAGUACGAGCGUGUUGUGUCGCGCUUCCUGGAGUAUGUGCGCGCCGAGAUGCACGCCAAGCCCGUGUGGAUGAUGGUCGGCGAACCGAUCGAGAACAUCCUGGGCGGCCGCUUUGGAUGGUGCUCACUGACGUGCACGGCGGACCAGCGCAUUGACAACGUGCGCAACAACCCUGCGAAGCACGAUCACGAGAUCCAGCGCAAGAUGCGCCACACGAAGAAGCUAGGCGUGUCCAUUGACGAGGUGCCGUUCCACGAGAAUGUGCCGAGCGCGCUCCAGGAGGAGGUCAACGAAUGCAUCCAAGCCUGGCAGAAGAGCCGCCGCGGCACGCAAGUGCACCUUACCGAUGUGCGCCCGUGGAUUGACCAGGAGCACCGCCACUACUUCGUGGCGCGCGACAGCGACAAGAAGGUGUGCGCGCUGGUAGUGCUUGCGCAGCUGGCGCCGGUGCAUGGCGUGCAGGUCAAGUGGGCCAUAAGCUUCCCCAACGCGCCGAACGGCACGAUCGAGAUGACGAUUCUGCACGCGCUGGACACGCUCGGCACGUCGGCCGUCACGUUCGGCACCGCCGCGGCGACCCGUGUGGAGGCCGUGCAUGGGCUCAGCAGCCUGGCGUUCCGGAUGCUCUCGCGCGUGUACAAUGGCGUCGCCGAAAAGACGCGCCUGCAGAACAAGACCGAGUUCCGCGAGAAGCUCGGGACGUACCGCGAUCCAACGUACAUCUGCUACCCGAAGGGCGGCAUGUCCAUGCUCGCUGUGCGCGAGAUCAUCGACUUUUUCCGGGAGUAG